AUGCUGCAGGUUCCAGCACGGAGCUGGUACCCGGGGGACACGGGGCAAGGGGGUCCCCGGAGGGGGAGAUCGGGGGUCCCGCAGGUCCCCGGCGUUACCUGGGGCAGCAGCCGGGUGGUCUCCCCGCCGUGGGGCCGGGAGAGCCGUGCCCUGCCCGGCGCCAUCCCGCCCGCUGCUCGCCGGUCACACUCCCAUCAUGUGAGGGGCCGCGGCUUAAAUAAGGCCCCGCCAGAACCCCCCCCCGCCCCCAUUCCCCCGUUGGAGGGGCCGAUAAUCCGCGUGCAGUCGCCCGAGGGAGUGAAGCGCAUCACGGCCACCAAGAGAGAAACGGUGGCGACGUUCCUCAAGAAGGUUGCAAAAGAAUUUGGUUUCACGAAUAAUGGGUUUUCUGUCUACACCAAUAGAAACAGGACGGGAGAGAUCACGGCCUCGCAAAACAAAUCCCUCAACUUACUGAAAAUCAAGCACGGAGAUAUGCUGUUUCUCUACCCCUCGAGCCCAGCUGGCUCCUCCUCAGAGAUCAUGGACACCUCUGUCUCCCAAAGUUUGCGGCCUGUGGGGGCCCCCCAGGUGGUGGAAGAUGAGAUCGACCAGUAUCUGAGCAAACAGGAUGGGAAGAUUUACCGAAACCGAGACCCACAGCUGUGUCGCCACGGCCCCUUGGGUAAAUGUGUGCACUGCGUUCCCCUGGAGCCUUUUGAUGAGGAUUAUUUAAACCAUCUGGACCCUCCUGUGAAGCAUAUGUCGUUCCAUGCCUACAUCAGGAAGCUGACCGGAGGGGCAGACAAGGGGAAAUUUGUUGCCCUGGAAAACAUCAGCUGCAAGAUCAAAUCGGGCUGCGAAGGGCACCCUCCGUGGCCAGAAGGCAUCUGCACAAAGUGCCAGCCGAGUGCCAUCACCCUCAACAGACAGAAAUACAGGCAUGUUGACAACAUCAUGUUUGAGAACCACACAAUUGCAGAUCGCUUCCUCGACUUCUGGCGGAAGACAGGAAACCAACACCUCGGGUACCUGUACGGCCGGUACACCGAGCACAAGGACAUCCCUCUGGGCAUCCGGGCGGAGGUCGCUGCCAUCUACGAACCCCCCCAGAUCGGUACGCAGAACAGCCUGGAGAUCCUGGAAGAUCCGAAAGCCGAGGUUGUGGACGAGAUCGCUGCAAAGCUGGGACUGAGAAAGGUUGGCUGGAUAUUUACGGAUCUGGUCUCUGAAGACACACGGAAAGGGACUGUUCGAUACAGCAGAAACAAGGACACGUAUUAUCUCAGUGCAGAAGAGUGCAUCACAGCUGGGAACUUUCAGAACCAGCACCCCAACAUCUGUCGCCUUUCUCCAGAUGGUCAUUUUGGAUCCAAGUUUGUCACAGUUGUGGCUACAGGUGGUCCCGACAACCAGGUCCACUUUGAGGGCUACCAGGUCUCAAAUCAGUGCAUGGCACUGGUCCGGGACGAGUGUUUGCUGCCCUGUCGGGACGCCCCCGAGCUGGGCUACGCCAAGGAGUCCAGCAGCGAGCAGUACGUGCCUGACGUCUUCUAUAAGGACAUAGACAAGUUUGGCAACGAGAUCACACAGCUGGCUCGCCCGCUCCCGGUUGAGUACCUAAUCAUAGAUAUUACUACGACUUUCCCCAAGGAUCCGGUCUACACGUUUUCUAUUUCUCAGAACCCAUUCCCCAUCGAGAACCGUGACGUGCUGGGAGAAACUCAGGACUUCCACAGCUUGGCCACGUACUUGUCCCAAAAUACUUCCUCCGUUUUCCUAGACAUCAUUUCCGAUUUCCAUCUGCUCCUCUUCCUGGUCACGAACGAGGUGAUGCCUCUGCGGGACAGCAUCAGCUUGUUGCUGGAAGCUGUGAGGACCAAGAAUGAGGAGCUCGCACAGACCUGGAAGAAAUCAGAGCAGUGGGCCACCAUCGAGCAGCUCUGCAGCACGGUGGGUGUCCAGAUCUCAGGACUACAGGAGUACGGUGCCAUGGGGGGCUCGACGCACGCCGUCUCGGCGGCCAUGUGGGCCUGCCAGCACUGCACCUUCAUGAACCAACCGGGCACGGACCACUGCGAGAUGUGCAGCCUGCCCCGGACCUAGCCACGCCGGCAGAGCAAAUACAGAGCAAACCCUCGAGCAGCAAGGAGUGGUGCUUGUCCCUUCCCUGUCCUCCCUUCUGCUUCCCCAACCCCCCCCCACCCCAAAAUCAGCUCCACCCCGGGGUGCGGAGCUGAGCAGGGGGUGGCUCCAGCCCCUCCCCACUUACUCCUCGCUCCCCUUUUAGGGGCAGCCCCGUAGUCGCAGCAGGAGCCGGUGGCCCCCGGCUUUAUCUUGAUGCUGGCCCCCAACCCGGGAAACCAACGCUUAAACCUCAGCCUUCACCCCCCCCCCCGGCACCCCAAAAGUGUUGUCCUGGGUGCGCGCUGGGGACUCGGGGGGGCCGUGGCCAGCCAGGCUCCCUCCCUCCUUGCCCGCUUUGCCUGCCCAAAGCAGCCUCCCGGCACAGCAGAGGUGAGAGAGGGGGGGGAUUUGGCACCCCCCCUGCCCGCAGCUUUGCUCCCCUCUCCCUGCCCACCCACUGGGGUGCCCGGGUGGCAGCAGCUUUGGCUCUGAAUGGCCCGGGCAGGGCGAGCAGACGCCCGUUACCGGCGCUGGGCCAGACGGCGGCUCCGCCAGGCUGAGCCCCGUGCGCUGGCACGACUCCCGGAGCAGGACCAGUCCCCCCCCAACCUUGGCAACGGGCGAGGGGUGGGCAUGUGCCAGCGCUGGGCUUGGCACCGCUCCCGUGGCAUGCACGGCACCGAGCUCCCUCUCCCUCCCGCCGCAGAGACGCCGUUUCAGCACCCGACUGGGCACACCGGGGGGGCUGCUGGAGCAGGGGGGGUGUGUGUCCCCCCCUGAUGUGCUGUGUCACCACACAGAGGGCAGUUUGGCACCCACCCCCUGCCCACAUCCCCCCCGGUGGGGCAGCGCCAGAGCUGGGGGUCACACUGUGCUCUUGCCGCUCUCUCUCCCCUCUGUUAGACCCCAGCGCCAGGGGGGGGCUGCCCCACACUGGGCUGCAGGGGAGGGGGGCAAACCGAUGCCCGUGCUGUCCUGGGGGGGCUCAGUGCCCCUCUCGCGGGGCCUCUUGCCCCCUGCCCCGGUGCUGUGGGUUUGGGCCUUCAUUCAAUCCCCCCCCCAGGGCACUGGUUCCAUCACUGCCCCGUGGCCCCCGCCGGUGCCAGGACAGCGUUGUCCCCGCUGUCUGCGGCCGGCCAGCGUGGCAGGGACCCUCUGCGUGCCCCACAGGGUGGGCAGCGUGGUGGGGACUCCCAUGCCCCACAGGGUGGGCAGCGUGGUAGGGAUCCCCAUGCCCCACAGGGUGGGCAGCGUGGUGGGGACCCCCGUGCCCCACAGGGCGGGCAGCGUGGUAGGGACCCCCGUGCCCCACAGGGCGGGCAGCGUGGUAGGGACCCCCAUGCCCCACAGGGUGGGCAGCGUGGUAGGGACCCCCAUGCCCCACAGGGUGGGCAGUGUGGUAAGGACCCCCAUGCCCCAUGGCGUCCCCUGCCUGGGCUCUGCCGAAGGCUUUGUCCCACCGGUGUGGCCACCGUGGGGCUCGUGGGUUGCCAGUUUGCUUCCCUCCCCUAAUCCCCCCCCGGGUUUGCUGGUGUUUGGGGUGGCAGCGGUGUGCGGUGCCGGGACCGGAGCGAGCCGGGCGCAGGGUCUAGCGAGUAACGUUGAAUAAAAAGCACCUGAAAACGAGA